AUGGGACUUUUUACGAAACCGGGACCAAACUUCAUGGGAUCGGAACGGGACCGGGAUCUAGAGAUCUACGAAACGGUCUCAGUCCUGCGGAAUGGUCCCGGUCCCGCCGGACUUUUAAUUCAACCGGGACCAGAAUCAACAAAUGAGCAAAACAUGAGACGAGAAAUGGGUGAAGAAUUAAAUACAACAUUAAAUAAAUUAUGGGAAGAAAUACUCAGGAUUAAUUCACUUCCAUACGUUGAUAAAAGAGGAAAUUUUUCCAUAUAUGCAUCCCGUGAACUUGAACAUUUUGAAUUAAGAGUCAUAAGUCAAGUUCAACAAGGUUUUGAUGGUCGAACAAGAACAAAUUCAGAACAUGACUGGAAUUAUUUUGGUGCAAUAUUAUAUGCUGUUACGUUAAUAUCAACAAUAGGUUAUGGUCACAUAACAACAAAGACAACACAAGGAAAAAUUGCCACCAUUUUAUAUAGUGCAUUUGGUGUACCAUUAAUGAUGUUAUUCGUUGCUAAUAUUGGUUCAACAAUGGCUAGAAUGUUUCGUUUUGUAUUUUCUCGUAUAAAAAUGGUUUUAUGUUGUCGUACGAGUAAGAAAAAACAACGUCUACAAAAAGUAAAAUCAAUGACGGUCAAUCAUUCAGUCGAUAAAUUACCACCCUAUACAUUACGUAAUACAAAUAUUGAAACUACACCUUCAACUGAAUUUGACCAGUAUCAGCAGCAUUCAACACAACCACCGCAGCAAAAUGAUUUACCACCAAAUUUAACAACAAAAUCAAGUAUUAAACGUUCCCAAGAUAAUACUCUAUCAUCCGUCCAAUCAACAGCAGUUACAGAUAAAAGCAGUUCAAAACUCCGUUUUCAAAGUCUUUCAUCAUCACCAUCAAUUUCCUCAAUAUCAUCGGCGAGCUCAGAUGACGAUGAAAAAGAAUUAGACACAAAUGUUCGAUCAUUACCAGCUGAUAUACGUUUAAAUAUUUUAACUGGUGUACCAAUCACAAAUAAACAACAAAAUAGUUUAGCAACAUCAGUAUAUUCAGAUACAUCGAUCAACGACGGCAGUGUCGGUCUCGAACGUAAAAAAUAUGCCAUCGAUCGUAUUAAUGACUUAAUUCGUCAAAAUUCUGUCCACGAUAAUGAAGACAACGAUGAAGUCAGUGAUGGAAAUCAUCAAAGACGUCGAUCAACAGGUCUGAGUCCAAUUGAAUUUUAUAUUAACGAAACACUGAAACUGACAACAAAUCUUGACGAUGAUGAUGAUAAACAAAAACAACUUAAUGAACUUGAACAAGCGAUCACCCAUAAUAAGACAGAUGAAGUGAAUAUGCAAAAAGCAACAUUUGAUAACAAUAUCACAGAAGAAAAAGACUCAAAAAAGCUAUCAUCAACAAAACGAAAACGUAAAGAAUUAAAACGGUCAAAAUCAGAAUCGACUCAUAACCGUAAGUUAAGAAAAAAUAACAAUGAUACAACGGACGUUGAAAAUUGUCCUAAUUCACAAACACGCCAUCAUCGACGACAUAAAACGACGACAAAUUCUAACAGCAAUGAUCAAGAUAUAACAGUAGAAAAAGAAGAAAUACCACCAGUACAAUCAGGUAUUGAAUCUUUACCAGAUUCAAAAAAUGACACAACUAGUACUACUGCUCAAUCAUUCCGAAAACGGCUAUUUUCACGAAAACGUUCCAAAAAACAGACGAAUGAUGCGACACGACUACAUCGACAAUCAAGUGCUGUUGAAUUUCGACAAGUCAACGAAAUAGAUGGUAAAUUAAAUCGUGAUUUACGUAAAAAUAAAAGUUUUAUUGAAAAAAGAAGUCCACCAAGUUAUGAUGAAUCAAAUAAAUUAUCAAAAUUAGAUGAGAAUGCUAUUCAAACUCAAACAAUUCCAGCUCGUUUAACCUGGUCACAAAAUCUUCAGCAACAUCAAUCGACACUUCCGUCACAACUUGUAUAUCUCGAUGAUGACGAUGACGAUGAUGACGAAUAUGAUGAAGAAAUGUCUGUUCCUUUAUUGGUGACUGUAUUUGUUAUUCCACUCUAUUUGACACUGGGUGCGAUAUUAUUCAAUAUUUGGGAAAAAGAAUGGGGUUUUUUAAAUUCAUUUUAUUUUUGUUUUAUAACAUUAACGACAAUCGGGUUCGGAGAUUAUGUUCCCGGAUCAUCCUUGACCGUUGCGGCUAAAGAGAAAUUAAUCUCGGCUGCGCUUUAUAUACUUUUAGGUUUAGUUCUUAUUGCUAUGUGUUUUAACUUAAUGAAAGAGCAAUUGAAUCAAAAAGUGAAACGAAUCGCAGGAAAAUUAGGAAUAUUAGAAUGUUAA